ACUUUAUAUACAGCUACCAAAACGCACAUUUUGCGGAGUUUUAACACGCACGUCUGUAGGAUAGGACAGCACUUUCACGAGACGUUUGAGUCCGACUUGCUAACUAGCUCGUCGGGCUAUCAGGCGCCGGUGUAGCUCAACGCUAGCUGAUCUAAAGCUGCCUGGCUUCUCUUCAUCCAAGGCAGCAGUUUAUAUUUCUAGUUAGACUGCACAAAUAGACAGUUGUGUGUUUAAUUUUAGCCUGCUUUACUGUUCUUAUCGCUGUGUUGAUUGAUCGCGGUUAUCUAAUGGUGGCCUUUCAUCACAGUGGUGCGUGUGUAACAGAUUAAAGUUGCUUAUACUUGUAGAAAUGAAUGAGAGGAGAGCGAGAUUGUUCUUCUUGCUCCGCAGUUCUAAUCGUAUUUCCCAAAGUUUGGUCGUUUAAUGUAAAAUAACCUUACAAAACAAAUGUUAUUAUAUGUACAUGUACACACAGUAGUCCUAGAACCUUAUAAUUAACAAUACAUGUUUGUUUCCACCAGGAUAUCAUGUUUGCAGCGAUUUACCUGACUUCCCCUUCACAUGAUUUGAGUGUAUUUGACUGAUUUUACUUGGAUCACCAUCUCUGCUAUUGGUGUUAAUUUGAAGAAUUUAUAUUUUUAUAGGAAGAGAUUAACUUCAAAAUGUUGAGGAAACGGUUUGUUUUUAGAAAAGCUGGAGGUAGCGAACCCACUGAGCUCCAGAACCAGACAGUUUUGGUUCUGGUUUUACUGGGUAAAGUUAAAGUCCCAUUAAUUCAUCACACACUGCUGAAAUUCAUCUCCACAUGUGACCCAUCCCUGUGGGGAGUGGGGAGCUGCAGCACUGGCUGUGCUCAGGAACUAUUUGGUGGUUUAACCCCCAACCACUUAAAGCUGAGUGUCAAGCCGGGAGCCGUUGGGUCCCAUUGUUAAAGUCUUUGGUAUGACCCAACUGGGAUUUGAACCCCGGUCUCCCAGUACCAGGGCGUACACUCUACCACCUUUUGGUACUUCUUUUAAUCCUUCACAAUAAGAGUCUUAGAUAUAUUCACAUACCUCAAACAGGGUUCCCACGCGUCCUGGAAAACCUGGAAAAUGAUAGUCCAAUUUUCCAGUCAGGGAAAACACAUGGAAAAUGGGGGGAAUUGCAAAAUGUCCUGGAAAUUUUUGAGUUGUCCUGGAAAAUAAUUUUCCAUCCUUGUGGAUAAACAAAUGGAUUAAACAUUUUGGGCAAUAUUGGGCUGUAGCGCUUCUCCUUUAAUUUCUCCAUCUAGCUGGCACAGCGCCCCACAUGACGCUUCCAACCAAUCAGAUUGCAUAAUCCCCUUCAGUUCCAGUUCCACUUCUGUUUUUCCAACUGUCUUUUUGGCUAGAUUUACAGAUUUUUCACCCCUAGAUUUAUUUCUCUAAAGAAGGGCCAAAAGUAGCGACUCGGUUCGCGAGUAUUGCGUUAUCGCAGUUUAUAGAGCGAGAGGUUUUUCUCCUUCUCUCUGUUGAGUGACAAAGGAGCAGCGGAGAGCUUUUGUUUUUUUCACUCAUGCGAUGAGACGAGUGAACUUGAGGAGAGCUUCGGGAUAGCAACGGAAAGCAGGCAGGAGUGAGUGAUGUCAGGAAGACGGUGCCAAUUCAAAACUUUUCAAAACUGGCUUUUUGCUAGCCCCAAGACUCUCUGCCUGUGUGUUGGGGUUUACCCCAGUGGACGAGAGGGUAGCUUCCCUGUGCCUUCGGGUCGGGGAACGGGUCCUGACUGUAGUUUGCGCUUAUGGGCUAAAUACCAGUUCAGAGUACCCACCCUUUUUGGAAUCCCUGGGACGAGUGCUAGAUAGUGCUCCAUCAGGGGACUCCAUUGUCCUGCUGGGGGACUUCAAUGCUCACCUGGGCAAUGACAGCAUGACCUGGAGGGGUGUGAUUGGGAGGGACGGCCCGCCUGAUCUGAACUCAAGUGGUGUUUCAUUAUUGGACUUCUGUGCAAGCCGCAGUUUGGCCAUAACGAACACCAUGUUCGAACAUAAGGAUGCCCAUCGGUACACUUGGUACCAGGGCAGCCUAGGUCGCAAGUCGAUGAUAGACUUUGUAGUCUUAUCAUCUGACCUACGGCCGUAUGUUUUGGAUACCCGAGUGAAGAGAGGAGCGGAGCUGUCAACUGAUCACCACCUGGUGGUGAGUUGGAUCAGAUGGCAGGGGAAGAUGCUGCGUAGUCCUGGCAGACCCAAACGCAUAGUGAGGGUCUGCUGGGAACGCCUGGCAGAAGACCCUGUCAAGACGGUCUUCAACUCCCACCUCCGGCAGAGCUUUGACCGUGUCCCGAGAGCAGUGGGGGACAUUGACUCCGAGCGGGCCUUCUUCCACUCUGCGAUUGUUGAGGCGGCUGUUGCUAGCUGUGGUCGCAAGGUGGCCGGUGCCAGUUGCGGUGGUAACCCCCGUACCCGCUGGUGGACACCAGAGGUUCGGGGAGCCGUCAGGCUGAAGAAGGAGGCCUACAAGGCGUGGCUGGUCUGUGGGUCUCCGGAGGCAGCAGAUAGGUACCGGAUAUCCAAGCGGGGUGCAGCAGUGGCAGUUGCCAAGGCAAAAUCUCGGGCGUGGGAGGAGUUUGGUGAGGCCAUGGAGAAAGACUAUCGAUCGGCUCCAAAGAGGUUCUGGCAAACUGUCCGACGCCUCAGGAGAGGAAGACAGCAACUCGCUCACACUGUUUACAGUGGGAAUGGGGAGCUGCUGACAUCAACUGGGGCUAUGGUCGGACGGUGGAAGGAAUACUUUGAGGAGCUCCUCAAUCCCACCUACGCGCAUUCCGAGGAGGAACCAGAGCCAGGAGACAUGGGGAUGGACUGUCCAAUCUUGGGGGCAGAAGUUGUUGAGGUAGUCAAACAACUACACAGCGGCAGAGCCCCAGGGGUGGAUGAGAUUCAUCCUGGGUAUCUCAAGGCAAUGGAUGUUGUAGGACUGUCAUGGUUGACAUGUCUCUGCAACAUUGCGUGGUCAUCGGGGGCAGUUCCUGUGGAGUGGCAGACUGGGGUGGUGGCCCCCAUCUUUUAG